AUGCAGGGCGCAAUGGAGACUGAGGCAGUUCUGGCAGGACUCCAGGCAGAAGUCAACUGUCCCAUCUGUCUGGAUGAGCUGAGAGACCCUGUCACCAUCGAAUGUGGGCACAACUUCUGUCGCUCCUGCAUCCAACAGUCCUGGGCUGACCUGCGGGACAGGUUCCCGUGCCCUGUGUGCCGUCACCGGUGCCAAGAGAGGCAUGUGAGGAGCAACACCCAGCUGGGAAGGAUGAUCGACAUCACCAAGCUCCUUCAGAUCACCAGGAGCAAGAAGGAGGAGCAGGAAGACAGGCGCUUGUGCGAGAAGCACAACCAGGCCCUGACCCUCUUCUGUGAGGAGGACCUAGAGUUGUUGUGUUCCCUGUGCACUCAGCCCCCUGACCACGAGGGCCACCAGGUGAGGCCCGUGGAUGAGGCCGCUGCUCAUCACAGGCAAAAGCUCAGCAGUUACAUCGAGCCCCUGAAGAAGCAGGUGGCAGACAUUCAGAAACUAGUAACCACCCAAGACAGGAAACUGUUAGAGCUGAGAGAGAAAGUGCAAAACCGGAGAAGGAAGUUAGCCUCUGAAUUUGAGCACCUGACACAGUCUGUAGAACGGGAGCAAGAGGCAGUUCUUUCAAGGUUAGCCGAAGAGGAGAAGAACAUCCAACAGAAACUGAGUGCCAACACAACGGCGUUUGCCGACCACAUUUCCAGCCUGAACAGCCUGCUGAAGGUGGUGGCAGAGAAGAGCGUGAUGUCAGACGUGAAAAUGCUGACGGGCAUCCGGAGUGUCUUCCACAGCUGCGAGAGCCUGAAACCGCCGGCUGUGUAUUGGUUCCAGCUCCGGAGAGAAGGGUGCUGCCUUCCUCCGCAGUGUUCGGCUCUGCAGAAGAUCGUGCGGAAGUUUAGAGAAGAAGUCACCCUGGAUGCUGAGACAGCGCAUCCUAAUCUGCUUGUGUCCAAGGAUAAAAAGUCGGUGACAUUUGUGAGGAAAAAGCAAAGGGUUUCUCGGAAUCCGAAGAGAUUCGCAGUCGACCCCGCUGUCCUGGGUUCGGAAGGGUUUGAUGGUGGCCGACAUUACUGGGAGGUCCAGGUGGAUGACAAGCCUGAGUGGGCCGUGGGCGUUUGUAAAAGCUCCCUGACCAGGGAGAGGAAGCAUCCCCCACCAGGGCACAACCGAUGUUGGGCAAUUCAGCUGCAGAAUGGUGAUUAUGUGGCACGAGGGUCUGCCACCACCGCCCUUGUGCUGAAGGAAAAGCCCAGAGGGAUUGGCAUCUAUCUGGACUAUGAGUUGGGGCAGGUUUCGUUUUACAAUUUGAAUGACAUGUCUCACAUCCAUUCUUUCAUGGAUAAAUUUUCUGACGUGCUGAAGCCUUACUUCAGUACUGGGUAUGAUCCUAAACCUCUUACAAUCUGUGCUGAAAGAGAUUAUGAAGGAUGA